AUGACCACAUCGGCGCGACGUCAACUGUUCCGGCGCUCCAAAGCAGGCUGCUGGAACUGCCGUUCCAAGAAAAAAAAGUGCGACGAGCUUCGCCCUCAUUGCACUCGCUGUCUUCGUGCUGGCGAGGGCUGUCGCUAUCCCGACACAAGUUCGGAAUCGCUCGCCGAAUCAAGCCAUCCGAUGUCGCCCAGCGAUCACGCUUCGCCUUCCAUGACAUCGUCCACCUCGCUCCAAAACGGUUUGAACAUCCAAACCUCUCCCAUGCUCUCCCGCUCUUCCUCUACUUCCUGUCACUCAUCUAAGCAUUCUACCCGUCGCACCACGCAGCCACCUUAUCAUCAUCAUUCCUAUUCCUCGUCAUCCGAGUAUCACCCUUACGCCUCGGAGCAUCAUCGAGCAGCCCUACAGCACCGCGAACACCACCCCCAACGACCUAUCUCUCUCCCUCCACCAUUGACGACGCCUUCAGCGUUUGCCGCUCAUGAUCCUUACUACGCUACUGCCCAUCCGGCUACUCAGACACAACUGGCACAGCAACAGUUCCCGCCCCUAUCUCUUUCUGCGACUGCAGCUGCUGAUUGGGACCACGCAUCGCAGCAGCAUCUCUACAAGCGCACCAGAUACGAUGACGUUUCAUCCUCCUCCUCCACAACCUCUUCCAAUCCGUUGUAUCAGGACACACGCUCGCGCCAGCCAUAUGACGCUCACCAUCGAAUUCCUUCUAAUCACAGCCAAACCAGCAGCAAAGGUAAAGCUCGUGAGACACUUCCUUCCAUCUCUCCCAUUCGGCAUGAAGCUAUUCCUAUGGCUAUUUCCGCCUCGCUUCCACCGAUCAAUGGAGUCUCGACUCCAUCACAUCGUAUCGUGCCUUCACCCAGCCUCAUCAGUCGUUCUGCGGAUACAUCGCCCGUCAAUCGAGUGGAGCUCGCCACUACAAUUCAUUCUGCUUCUGCAAUGACUAACUCUGACUCGCGCCAACCAGCCUCGACUGACUUGCCACUCGGACAGGAAACUAGCUCCCUAUCGUCUCGUGUCAAUGGCGUCGCAGCACCACUCGAUGCACCAGUCAGCCCGUCACUACGAUCUUCUUUGAGCCUUCCUCAAAGUCGUCAUAAGCUUGUUUUAGACUAUGCCUCUACCGAUCCUGAUCCAGAGGAGUUGCUGAAAGCAAGUGAGGCGCUGCCGCAUUCGGUGGUAACCCAGCUCACCAAGGGUGCACACGCCUACUUUGACUUUCUUCAAGGUAUUGCACGUAUGCCUCAAGGACAGGCAAUGGCCCAUGCACUUGCCGCCGUGGCUGCUUGCCAUCAAGUCAGCGAUACCCUUCGUGUCCACCAGGUGGAAAAAGGAAGGAACGGCUCGAAAACGCCGCCUGAUCAGAGCCGAAUGUCGUUGGAGGAGCUAGCUAAUCGACACCACCUGUCAGCUAUCAAAGCGCUUCAGACGCAGCAGCAACCCAGUCGACGCCGUCGUUUCUCGAUUAUCGAGACGAACUCUAACAGCAGCGCCGACGAGCUCCCGCCCGGCAGCAAUGCUGCUACCAUGAUGCUGCUCAUCCUCGCCUGCAGCUCAAUCGGCAAGUCCCUCAUGCUACCUUCGUACUUUAACCAGUGCGAGCAGUUUCUGGCUGAUGCCGUUGAGCACGUGUCGACCCACCGUCUUUUUCCCUCAACCACUGGCGAGGCCAUUGUUGGAACUCCGGAAGAUCCACCCAUCUUUCUGCCCGACAAUCUCACCAACUACGGUGGACUGCUCUUCCUCGGAACUGUUGUUGGCCUCUAUGAGUGCUACCUGUCUCAAUUCACAGCCAUCACUGACUGGGACUACAACCCAACUCGUCUCAAGAGGCUCUUGCCGUUUAACUGGAGCCAAUCGGAUGCCGAGGUCUUUGAUAAAGUUCGCAAAAGUGUAUCCGAAACCACCUUCAGCGUUUCAACGGUCACUCUGGAGUUGGUCAUCGAGACUCUCGACACCAUGCGUAGGCUCAGGCGAGCAGAGGCAGUCGCAUAUGGCAACCGUACGAGCAGCCGAAGUGAAGCUGAAGAUGGCGCUGCAGCGCUCGAUAGUCUUGCCCUCAGAGAAGAGCUGGGUUUGGUGAUCCGUGAUUUGGAGGCAGGCUCUUUUUGGAAAGGCGCCGCUCGUACAUUGAGCGAAGCAGAUCAGCGGUCGGUGCUCGAGAGCGUUUCUGGUCAGACUGCCGAUGGGAUUGAGAACGAGUCUAGCAACGGUAAGGACGGUGAUUCAGCCAGCGACCCUAUCACCAAGGCGUUCAAGUCAGGCGCGCUGUUUUUGCCAUCCACGACGGGCGAGCAGAAACUUGUGGUGAAUCGUCUUCGCCUUGCCAACCACCUCUACCGCAACGCCUUGCUCGUCGACCUUUACGUCACUGUCUUCAACCGACCCGCCACGAGUCUCGCGAUCCGAGAACUCGUCUCACGCAGCAUUACACUUCUUGGCGCCGUACCCUUUAAGCUCGAACAAGGACUCAUGUGGCCAGCCGUGGUCCUAGGGGCAUAUGCACAAAACGAAAACGAGCGCAACCACGUGCGCAGCUUCCUUCAAUGCUCACAGUGGAAAGGCACUGCUGGACCCUCCACCGCUUCUGACGUGCUCGAGCGCGUAUGGGCUGAAGAAUGCAGUUGGAGAGACAGCGUCAGCUACUUUGGAAGCCCUUAUUUUUCCUGA